GAAACCUUUACAAAUAUCUGUCGCGUGUGAUUUUGCGGCUAGGCGACAUAUCAAAUUAAAACGUCAAAAUAGUUCAAUCGUUUGGAACGUUUGGAAAUCAAAAUGGGCCGCAUAGAGGAGGAAUUGAAAACCUAUUUCAAAAGCCACAGUAAAAUAAGAGAGCAAAAGGCACACACAUCUAAGGUUCAUUCUGUUGGUUGGAGUUGCGAUGGACGCCGUCUGGCUUCGGCAUCCUUUGAUAAAUCCGUGGCAGUAUACACAUUGGAAAGGGACAGAGUGAGCAAAGAGAAUACCUAUCGUGGUCAUAGUGGUUCCGUUGACCAAUUGUGUUGGCAUGCUUCUAAUCCGGAUUUACUAAGCACGGCUAGUGGCGACAAAACUGUUCGCAUUUGGGAUAUAAGAGCGGGAAAAUGUUCGUCAAUUACCAAUACCAAAGGUGAAAAUAUCAACAUAACAUGGUCUCCUGAUGGCAAAACAAUAGCUGUGGGUAAUAAGGAAGAUUUGGUUACAUUUAUUGAUACCAGGACGAAUAAAAUUCGAGCUGAAGAACAGUUUAACUUUGAGGUCAAUGAAAUAGCCUGGAAUAAUAGCAGUGAUUUAUUCUUCCUAACAAAUGGCAUGGGUUGUGUACACAUUUUAAGUUAUCCCAGUUUGGAAUUGCAACAUAUUUUAAAAGCCCACCCUGCCACAUGUAUUUGCAUCGAAUUCGAUCCAACUGGCAAAUAUUUUGCUACCGGCUCGGCAGAUGCUUUGGUGUCGUUGUGGGAUGCUAACGAAUUGGCAUGUCUACGUGUUCUGUCACGGUUGGAUUGGCCAGUUCGUACAAUAUCCUUUAGUCACGAUGGCAAACUUAUAGCAUCGGCCUCAGAAGAUUUACUAAUUGAUAUUGCUCAUACAGAAACAGGUGAAAAAAUUGCAGAUGUUCCAGUCGACGCAGCCACAUUUACGGUUGCUUGGCAUCCAAAGCAAUAUCUUUUGGCAUAUGCUUGCGACGAUAAAGAUAGUAACGAUAGACGCCGUGAGGCGGGAAAUCUGAAAGUAUUUGGUUUUCAGGAGUAAAACGAUUGAUAUUUAAUAAGUAAUUCAAUGAAUAAAAGGUAAUACUGUUGUAAGAAA